GAGGCCCCCCGCGCGUGGCCGUUCUACGAGCGCGUCAUGGACUGGUGCUUGUGGGGCAGGCGUUGGCGCAGGAUUGCGACCUCGAAGGGGCGCAGGGCGUUCCUACCCCCGCUGGCAAGGCGAUGCGUCCGCGGCCACCAGCACUUCGCCCUGGAGAACUGAAUCGAAUGCGAGGACGGCGUCUGGUGGCAUAUGGCGGAGGUGGCGGCAGACUACUCCAGCCAGUGGUGCGGCGCGGUGCCCGUGCAGCUCGACAUGUGCUGCCGUUCGCCGCGCUGCUGAUGCUCCUGGAGAUCUUCUGCAGCUGGCUUGGAUUUCUAGGAGAAGGCCCACCCGCCCCACUUGGCGCCGUCUCGCGGCGCGCGACUUCGCUGGCCGGGCGGAACUUCCGAGUAACAAUCAAGCCGGCCACUGCCCGUCGGUACAUCAUCAUGCUCGAGAAGUGGAGCCCGUGGCUCUAGAGUCGAAGGACGCCCCGCCUCGACGGCGUCGUGCGUGA